AUGGAGGCACAACAACCAUCAGGGGCGGUGUCCAAACCGUCUCCCACCAGCCAAAAGACCUUCUACAAAACGCCGUCUCAUUUCGAACAGAUAAUCGGCUACUAUCGAGGCGUCCGCCACGGCCAGCAUAUCUUCAUCUCCGGCACCACGGCCGUCAAUCCCAACAAGGCUUCGUCCGCCGCCGAGCCACCGCAAGUUCUCUUCCCCGGAGACGCAAAGAAACAGACCAUCGCAGCCUUUAGAGAGUGUCUGCGCGCCGUCGACAGCCUGGGGGGCAACGGGGUGCAGAGCGUUGUGCGAGUACGCAUGUUUGUCGGCAGACACGAAGACUGCGGUGCAGUGGGUGAAGCGUUCACAGAGAUAUUUGGUGACCGGAAGAGCAAUGCCAACAAUAGCGAUGCUGAGAUCGGGACUGCGGCGACGAUGCUGGUUGUUCAGAAUGGCUUUAUUAAUCGUGAUAUGAUGGUCGAGGUGGAGGUUGAUGCCAUGGCAGCAUAA